UUGUCAAUGAAUUUGUUUUUGUAUUGAAAAGUCAAAUGAAUUCAUAUUUACUUUAAAAUUGAUUGAAUUGAUUGAAUCAAACAAUUAUUGUCCGCAAUGUUUGACCGCAAACUACAAUCACUCGACUAUUACUCGACCAACGAGUUUGACAUCAAUGACACGAAACAGUUUCGCCAAUUGAUGACAUGGUUGGAGGAUCAGAAGAUCAGACAUUACAAGAUUGAGGAUAGAUAUCGUUUACGAGAUAUUGAUGGUAAAGAUUGGGACACAAUGUUUGAGAGGUACUUGUCGGACAUCUCGUGUCCCAAUGAUAUACUGAAGUCGAAACAUUUGAUCUUGGAUUGGAUUCUCACGUUAGCCAUUAGACUACAAUAUGAAGACAAUUUAGAAAAAUACCGCCAAUUGAGUGACAAUGAUAUGAAAAGAGAGCCACAACUGAUGCAAACCAAUCCACUCGAUAGACUUGACUUUGACAGUAAUGAGUUCAAGUUUGGGAUCAGUCAAUUGGCACAAUUACUUAAAGUACCGAUACAUCCAACCAAUCAUUUGCUCACUUUAACGGCUAUUAGUUUGGUUAUCAAAAAUAAGAUAUCGAUGGAGUUUAAAGAUAACAAUAAUAUUGGUAACACAAAUAAGUUGAAUAAAAUUGAAGACAACUCAAUGAAUCUGAAAGUCGGAUCAAAUGAUAAGUUACUGAAUAACUGUGCGAAGCUUUUAAGGCUUUUAUAUAUAAAUGAUUUGAAAGAAUUGCAGACAACUAUUAAUGAAAUUAUAGCAUCUGUUCAGUCAAUAACAGCCAAUCCUAAGACUGAUACCUCAUUAGGCAAAGUCGGUGUUAAAUAAUAAUAAAAAU